UCGCCGACCCAUGCCAUAGAUUGACGACCCUUGAAGGUGGCUCGUGUAUCCAGGUUAAGCCACGUGUCUCUAAAAUGUUCAUUUAGGCGGCGCUGUGUUACCUGCGGGAAUCCCCGACCUGCGGCUCCUGACCACGGGCCACCCCGCACAGACCCUGCAGGCGGGCUCUCCACGAGGGUCUGCGCAGCCCCGCGGGGGUCGUGACAGGCCGAGCGACUGCAGUAGGAGGGGGCGGGCCCGGCUGUCGGUCCGCCCCCACGCCGGGCUCGGGGUGGGGGCUCGGGGCCUAUUACGGGAUGGAAGCUCCGGGUGUCGCGGGGGCGGGAGGAAUUAAGGGAGGGAGAGAGGCGCGCGGGUGAAAGGCGCAUUGAUGCAGCCUGCGGCGGCCUCGGAGCGCGGCGGAGCCAGACGCUGACCACGUUCCUCUCCUCGGUCUCCUCCUCCGCCUCCAGCUCCGCGCUGCCCGGCAGCCGGGAGCCAUGCGACCCCAGGGCCCCGCCGCCUCCCCGCAGCGGCUCCGCGGCCUCCUGCUGCUCCUGCUGCUGCAGCUGCCCGCGCCAUCGAGCGCCUCUGAGAUCCCCAAGGGGAAGCAAAAGGCGCAGCUCCGGCAGAGGGAGGUGGUGGACCUGGUGAGUCCGAGGGAGCCGAGCCGGGACCGCCGCGCUGGUGGAGGGGACCUGGCCGCGCGCCCCACGGGCAGGGCGUCAGUCUGGCUGUUGGGGGUGUCUGUCUGUACAGCUGUGUGUCGUGUGUCUUGCUGCGCCGGGGUGUCAUGCUUUUUAUUUACAGAUAAAGAAGGACCUGGUUAUGCGUGCAGUGAGUCUUGGAACUCAGAGGGGAGACCAAAAUGGGAGGCCAUCGUGGAGCGGACAUGCGAUAUGGGCCCGUCAGUCAUUACACACACCCUGGGUCUUCAUAUGUGGCCGCCAGGUAGGAGCAUCACAGUCAAGCUACGGGAGAAAACAGUUUCCAGGAAACUGGAAAUGAACGGCCUGAGUGCUUUCCAGGGGCUCAUCUGUGGGAAGUAUAAUGGAAUGUGCUUACAAGGGCCAGCAGGAGUGCCUGGUCGAGACGGGAGCCCUGGGGCCAAUGGCAUUCCGGGUACACCUGGGAUCCCAGGUCGGGAUGGAUUCAAAGGAGAAAAGGGGGAAUGUCUGAGGGAAAGCUUUGAGGAGUCCUGGACACCCAACUACAAGCAGUGUUCAUGGAGUUCAUUGAAUUAUGGCAUAGAUCUUGGGAAAAUUGCGGAGUGUACAUUUACAAAGAUGCGUUCAAACAGUGCUCUAAGAGUUUUGUUCAGUGGCUCACUUCGGCUAAAAUGCAGAAAUGCAUGCUGUCAGCGUUGGUAUUUCACAUUCAAUGGAGCUGAAUGUUCAGGACCUCUUCCCAUUGAAGCUAUAAUUUAUUUGGACCAAGGAAGCCCUGAAAUGAAUUCAACAAUUAAUAUUCAUCGUACUUCUUCUGUGGAAGGACUUUGUGAAGGAAUUGGUGCUGGAUUAGUGGAUGUUGCUAUCUGGGUUGGUACUUGUUCAGAUUACCCAAAAGGAGAUGCUUCUACUGGAUGGAAUUCAGUUUCUCGCAUCAUUAUUGAAGAACUACCAAAAUAAAUGCAUUAAUUUUCA